UAAGAACAAACAUGAGAUUGUGACUUUUGAAGGUUUCUUCAAUAAAACUACUCUCUUCUCUAUCCUCCUUGGCAUUCCCACCCAAAAACACUUUUUUUCCCUUUUUUUUAUUUUUCAACCAAUCCAAACCCUUUUUCUCUUUUCUCUUCAUUCAUUGUAAUUACAUAAUCUUUUCUUUCUUAUGAUCACAACAACCAAAACCAUUUCUUUCCUCAACCCAAACUUCAUCAACGUUAUCCAAUUGCGUCCUUUAUAUAUAUUAUUAUUAUUAUUCUGUUUCUGCGGAUUUUCAGGAACAACAAAAACAUAAGCUAAAACAAAAAACAAGACACCAUCAUGAGAGGAAGAAGAGGAGGACACCAAGACCAACAAUCUCGCGCCUUGUACGACCUCUCCGCUCUCGUUCUCAACCUCAUCCGAUCGCCUCCUGCGCCGUUGCCCUUCUCCCACGGCGUUCCGCCGGUGCCGUCUCGCCGAUCGCCGCUGCCUCAGAUAUCGCCGGCCGGGUUCGCGUCGCUGCUGCUGGGAAUCUCGCUGACUCUCAUGCUGUGUGGAUCGGUGACGUUCUUCAUCGGGUUCGUGUUGAUGCCGUGGGUUCUGGGAUUGGCGAUGCUCUUCUACGUCGCCGGAAUCGUCUCCAGCCUCUCCGUCUUCGGCCGCUCUAUUCUCUGUUACGCCACCGCGCCGCCCUCGCCGCGUAAGGACUUUCCCGCGUGGUAGCUUCAUGAAGUGACAAAUGAAGAAUGAAAAAUGAGAAGGGUGGAGGGUUUUGUGCUACCUCAGCAAUACAUUAUUAAAGAUUACGAAGCUGCUCCUUUUCAGGAAUCGUGAUAUUUGAUGGAUGUGGCUUAUAUCUCUGUGCAUAAGAAAUAGCUUUGUAAAUUCUGAAGAAUUAUGGAAUCACUGUUACCUUGUUUUAUUUUGGCACAUAACUUGCUAAUUUCUCAAGCAUAGGCUGUUGAAUUUCCAUUUGUUCAGUAGUAGAACAGAAAGAGAAUGGAAAUAUGAUUUGACUCCUGAGAAACAGGGGUUGCAUUGGAUCAAAAAAAUUUCUUUUGAAUCGUAUGGUUCUUGUGUUUCAUGUC